UAUAUAAAUAAUAAUAAAUAUAAAGCAGACGAUCCGAUUACUCUUUAUCCAAAUUCAAAGCUUGCAUAUUUUUUUAUCAUUAAGAAACACUCCACUUGAAUAAGAUAAAAAAUUUUUUAAUAAAAUUAAAGCAUACUUAUUAAUUCAUUUUGUAUCACAUAAAAAUGAAAAUUUUAAUAAUAUUUUGUUUAAUUAUUAUUUGUAAUUUUGAUUGUAUAUUUGGAUGGCGUUCAUUUUUACGUGGAAAAAGUAAAAAUGGUAAUAUUGGUGCUCCAAUUUUAUCUAAAGAAUAUGAGCUACCAGAAGAUAUGUGGUUUCAACAAAAUUUAGAUCAUUUUGAUCCAACAAAUAUGCAAACAUGGCAACAGAGAUACUUUAAAAAUGCUGAAAAUUACAAACAUGGUGGACCAAUUUUCUUGAUGAUUGGCGGUGAAGGUGAAGCAAGUGCUAAAUGGAUGCUGGAGGGUCAAUGGAUUGAAUAUGCUAAACAAUAUCAAGCAAUGUGUUUUCAAUUGGAGCAUAGAUACUAUGGCAAGAGUCAUCCAACUGCUGACUUGAGUGUUAAAAAUCUCAAGUAUUUAUCUUCAGAACAAGCACUUGCUGAUUUGGCAUAUUUUAUAACUGGAAUGACACAUUUAAAUCAAAUACCAAAAGAUAGUAAAUGGAUUGUAUUUGGUGGUUCUUAUCCUGGCUCACUUGCUGCCUGGAUGAGAAUGAAAUAUCCACAUUUAGUUCAUGGUGCUGUAUCAACAAGUGGUCCACUUCUAGCUCAAAUUGAUUUUCAACAGUAUUAUGUUGUUGUUGAGGACUCAUUGAGAACACAUUCACAGGCAUGUGUUGAUACAAUUAUCAAUGCAACACAACAAAUUCAUGUUAUGUUACGUCAUAGAAUUGGACAACAAAGUUUAAGUGAUAAAUUCAAAUUAUGUGAUAAAAUUGAUCCAGUUCAAACAAAGAAAAAAGACAUAUCAAAUCUUUAUGAAACACUUGCUGGUAAUUUUGCUGAAGUUGUCCAGUAUAAUAAAGAUAAUCGUAAUAGUUCAAAAACAUCAAAUAUUACAAUUGAUACAGUCUGUGAUAUUUUAACAAAUAAUAAAAAUGGAAUAAGUGUUGAUAGAUUAGCAGAAGUAUCAAAUUUAAUUCUAACAGCAAAUAAUGAAACAUGUUUAGAUUAUAAAUAUUCAAAAAUGAUUGAUGAGUUAAAAAAUGUAUCAUGGAAAUCUGAAAUGGCUGAAGGUGGACGUCAAUGGACAUAUCAAACAUGUACUGAAUUUGGAUUUUUUCAAACAUCAACAGCACGUCCAAAAUUAUUCAGUGAAACAUUUCCAGCUGAUUUUUUUAUACAACAAUGUGUUGAUAUAUUUGGACCACUUUAUAGUAUUCAUCUUCUUGAAAAUGCUAUUGAAAGAACAAAUACAUUAUAUGGUGAAUUACAUAUUAAAACAUCAAAUACUGUAUUUGUUCAUGGUUCAAUUGAUCCAUGGCAUGCACUUGGAAAAAUAACAUCAUCAAAUCCACAAGUACCAGCUAUUUAUAUUAAUGGUACUGCUCAUUGUGCAAAUAUGUAUCCAGCAUGUAAAAAAGAUCCUCAAGAAUUAAUCAAAGCACGACAAGUAGUUGGACAAUUAAUUGGCCAAUGGUUAAAACAAUCAUAAAUAUUUUCUUUUUUAUUAAAUAUUUUUUUUUUUCUAUUCAUUUUUCUUUUUUAAAUAAUUUUUUAUAAAUAUUCAAAUAAUAAUAGUUUUAAUAUUCAUUAUUAUCAAUAUUCAUGUGUUAAUUAAAUAUAAAAAUUUAAAAAAAAAAAAAAAACAAUAAUAA